AUGGGGCUCAGAGGUCUUAGGACCUCCCUUUGUAAAAAUCUUUGGAAGCGUAUUUGGAAAAUCAGAGUUCCUUACAGAAUUCAAGUUUUUAUCUGGACAGCAUCUAGAAAUGAUUUGCCUUCCAGAACUAUCCUACACACUAGAAUGCCCAUACAUAGUGUGGAUUGCCCUAGGUGUACUGAUCCUCAUGAAUCUGUUAUGCAUGCUUUGUCUAAACUCUCUGAUGAAGCUCAAAGUUUUUUUGUUGCUAUCUUAUGGUCUCUUUGGACUAGUAGAAACAAUUUCAUCUUCCAAAAUAUUUCUGAAAAUCAUACUACUGUCCUAGCUAGAGCCAGAGUGAUGCUUCUCACUAGGAAAACUAGCUUGAAUGUUUCUACUACUACUUCUGUCAGUAUUUGUGAUAAAUGGAUGUCCCCCUCUUUUGGUUGGAUUAAAUGUAAUACUGAUGGUGACUUUGAUGAUACUUCUGGAGAAAAUGGUGCAGGGUAUGUGAUGCGAGAUUUCUCAAGAAAAGCAACCUUUUGUGCAUCCUUAGUCUUUGAAGUACAUUCUGCAGAAGAAGCUGAAGCAAGAGCCAUCUGGGCAGUACUAAAGAAAGCCUUGGAGCAACAGUUAACUCACAUCAUCAUUGAAAGUUAUGCGAAAUCCCUCAUCGAUCAAUUUUCAGCUGGGUAUUUCAAAGGGAAUUCGUGUACGGAUGCUAUCUUUAAGGAUAUUCAACUUUUCUCUUCUAGGUUAGUUGUCUGUAUUUUUAGUUCUCAACCUCGUUAUUGUAACUUUGUAGCUCAUGAACUUGCAAUGUGGGCUAAGAAAAACAAUUCUACUAUGUACAGGUCUGUCCCUCCUGUUUGGCUUCUACCAAUAGUUGAGGAGGACCAUUAUCCUUUUUGA